AUGGCGGCGCACAAGCCCGUGGAGUGGGUGCAGGCCGUGGUGAACCGCUUCGACGAGCAGCUUCCAAUAAAGGCUUGCCAGCAGAAUACCCACACCAAAGUCAGCACGGAGCACAACAAGGAAUGUCUCAUCAACAUUUCCAAGUACAAGUUUUCCCUGGUCAUCAGUGGUCUCACCAAUAUCUUAAAAAAUGUUAAUAAUAUGAGAAUAUUUGGAGAAACUGCUGAAAAGAACUUAUAUCUAUCUCAGCUGAUUAUCUUGGAUACACUGGAAAAAUGUCUGGCAGGGCAACCCAAGGACACGCUGCGGCUGGACGAGACCAUGCUGGUGAAGCAGCUGCUGCCCGAGAUCUGCCACUUCAUCCACACCUACCGCGAGGGCAACCAGCACGCGGCCGAGCUGCGCAGCUGCGCCUCGGGGGUGCUCUUCUCACUCAGCUGCAACAACUUCAACGCGGUCUUCAGCCGCAUCUCCACCAGAUUGCAGGAACUGACUGUUUGUUCAGAAGAUAAUGCUGAUGUUCAUGAUAUUGAACUUUUACAGUACAUCAGUGUGGAUUGUUCAAAACUCAAGCGACUCCUACAAGAGACUGUAUUCAAGUUUAAAGCCCUUAAGAAAGUAGCUCAGUUAGCUGUUAUCAACAGUCUUGAGAAGGCAUUUUGGAACUGGGUGGAAAACUAUCCUGAUGAAUUCACAAAGCUGUACCAAACCCCCCAGACUGACAUGGCUGAUUGCGCUGAGAAGUUGUUUGAUUUAGUGGAUGGCUUUGCUGAAAGCACAAAGCGUAAAGCAGCAGUGUGGCCACUGCAGAUCAUCCUCCUGGUCCUGUGUCCAGAGAUAAUCCAAGAUAUAGCAAAGGAUGUGGUAGAGGAAACUAAAAUGAACAAGAAACUGUUCCUGGACAAUCUCAGGAAGGCCCUGGCAGGACACAGUGGGAGCAGGCAGCUGACUGAAAGUGCUGCUAUUGCUUGUGUUAAACUGUGCAAAGCAUCUACGUACAUCAACUGGGAAGAUAAUUCUGUCAUUUUCCUGCUGGUGCAGUCCAUGGUAGUAGAUCUUAAGAAUUUGCUGUUUAACCCAAGCAAACCUUUUUCAAGAGGCAAUCAGAAUGCAGAUGUAGACCUGAUGAUUGACUGCUUGGUUUCCUGCUUCCGCAUAAAUCCUCACAAUAACCAACACUUCAAGAUCUGCUUGGCACAGAAUUCCCCAUCAACAUUUCAUUAUGUGCUGGUAAAUUCACUCCACCGAAUCAUCACAAAUUCGGCUCUGGACUGGUGGCCGCGGAUCGACGCCGUGUACUGCCACGCCGUGGAGCUGCGCAGCAUGUUCAGUGACACCCUGCACCGAGCCAUGCAGGGCUGCGGGGCGCACCCUGCCAUCCGCAUGACCCCGACGCCCGCCAGCCCCUGCUUUGCAUGGCCCUGGGCCUCUGCUGCUAGCCUUACAUUUAAGGAAAAAAUGACAAGCCUUAAAUUCAAAGAAAAGCCUACUGAUUUGGAAACCAGAAGCUACAAGUUCUUGCUGUUGUCCUUGGUGAAACUGAUCCAUGCAGAUCCAAAGCUUUUGCUGUGUAACCCCAGGAAGCAGGGCCCUGACUCGCAGGGCAGCACGGCUGAGCUGAUCACGGGGCUGGUGCAGCUGGUGCCCCAGUCCAGCAUGCCCGACAUCGCCCAGGAGGCCAUGGAGGCCUUGCUGGUUCUGCACCAGUUGGACAGCAUUGACUUGUGGAAUCCUGAUGCUCCUAUAGAAACAUUCUGGGAGAUCAGUUCACAAAUGCUUUUUUAUAUCUGCAAGAAGCUCACAAGUCAUCAGAUGCUCAGCAGUACAGAAAUCCUCAAGUGGCUGCGAGAGAUUCUCAUCUGUAGGAAUAAAUUUCUGCUAAAAAACAAACAAUCAGAUAGGAGUUCCUGCCACUUCCUCUUCCUUUAUGAUGUCUCUGGAAGUGGAACUAGUCAAAUUUCUCUUGACCAUGACGAAGUGAUGCGCUGUGCACCAGGGGCUACCCUGAGGAAAGGGAAGGGGAAUUCUUCCAUGGAAAGCACAGCAGGAUGCAGUGGAACACCGAUCUGCCGCCAAGCCCAGACCAAGCUGGAAGUGGCCUUGUACAUGUUCCUGUGGAGUCCAGAUAUUGAGGCAGUCCUGGUGGCCAUGUCCUGCUUCCGUCACCUCUGUGAGGAGGCUGACAUCAGAUGUGGAGUAGAUGAGGUCUCAGUGCAUAAUUUUCUGCCAAACUACAACACCUUCAUGGAGUUUGCAUCUGUGAGCAACAUGAUGUCUACAGGGAGAGCUGCUCUUCAGAAGAGAGUGAUGGCAUUACUGAGGCGCAUUGAACACCCCACUGCAGGCAACACAGAGGCUUGGGAGGAUACACAUGCAAAAUGGGAACAAGCUACAAAACUAAUCCUUAACUAUCCAAAGACCAAAAUGGAAGAUGGGCAGGUGACAGAGAGCCUGCACAAGACGAUCGUGAAGCGGCGGAUGUCGCACGUCAGCGGCGGCGGCUCCAUCGACCUGUCGGACACGGAGUCUCUGCAGGAGUGGAUCAACAUGACAGGAUUCCUGUGUGCCCUGGGUGGGGUGUGCCUGCAGCACCGCAGCAGCGCGGGGCUGGCCACCUACAGCCCCCCCAUGGGCCCCCUCAACGAGCGCAAGGGCUCCAUGAUCUCCAUGGUGUCCACCGAGGGCAGCGUGGAGACCCCGGUCAGCAAAUUCAUCGACCGCCUGCUCACCCUCAUGGUCUGCAACCACGAGAAGGUGGGGCUGCAGAUAAGGACCAACAUCAAAGACCUGGUGGGGCUGGAGCUCAGCCCGGCGCUUUACCCAAUGCUCUUCAACAAACUGAAGAAUACCAUCAGCAAGUUCUUUGACUCUCAAGGACAGGUCUUGUUAACUGACACUAACACACAAUUUGUAGAGCAAACCAUUGCUAUAAUGAAGAAUUUGCUUGACAAUCACACAGAAGGGAGCUCAGAACACCUUGGACAAGCGAGCAUCGAGACAAUGAUGUUGAAUCUGGUUAGGUAUGUGCGUGUGCUUGGAAAUCUGGUACAUGCCAUUCAAAUAAAAACAAAGCUCUGUCAGUUAGUAGAAGUGAUGAUGGAAAGGAGAGAUGACCUUUCAUUUUGUCAAGAAAUGAAAUUUAGGAACAAAAUGGUGGAAUAUUUGACAGACUGGGUAAUGGGAACAUCUAAUCAAGCAACAGAUGAGGAUGUGAAAUGCUUGACAAGAGAUUUAGACCAGGCAAGUAUGGAGGCAGUGGUUUCUCUUCUUGCUGGGCUUCCACUCCAGCCUGAAGAAGGAGAUGGUGUUGAGUUGAUGGAAGCAAAAUCUCAAUUAUUUCUCAAGUACUUCACACUGUUCAUGAACCUGCUGAACGACUGCAGCGAGGCGGAGGAGGACGGGGCUGCGGCGGGCGGGCGCAAGCGCGGCAUGUCGCGCAGGCUGGCGUCGCUGCGCCACUGCACCGUGCUGGCCAUGUCCAACCUGCUCAACGCCAACGUGGACAGCGGCCUCAUGCACUCCAUAGGCUUGGGCUAUCACAAAGACCUCCAGACAAGAGCCACGUUUAUGGAAGUCCUCACCAAAAUCCUGCAGCAGGGGACGGAGUUUGAUACCUUGGCAGAAACAGUGCUGGCAGAUCGGUUUGAGAGACUGGUGGAGUUGGUUACAAUGAUGGGUGAUCAGGGGGAGCUUCCUAUUGCUAUGGCUUUAGCCAAUGUGGUGCCUUGUUCUCAGUGGGAUGAGCUGGCUCGUGUCCUGGUCACACUCUUUGAUUCCCGGCACCUGCUCUACCAGCUCCUCUGGAACAUGUUCUCAAAGGAGGUCGAGUUGGCAGACUCCAUGCAGACACUCUUCCGAGGAAACAGCUUAGCCAGUAAAAUAAUGACUUUCUGUUUUAAGGUCUAUGGUGCUACAUAUCUGCAGAAGCUCCUGGAGCCUUUGCUGCGGGCUGUGAUCACAUCCCCCGAGUGGCAGCACGUCAGCUUUGAGGUGGAUCCAACAAGGCUGGAGCCCACAGAAAGCCUUGAAGAGAACCAGCGGAGUCUCUUGCAAAUGACAGACAAGUUUUUUCAGGCAAUCAUUAAUUCCUCCUCGGAGUUCCCACCCCAGCUGCGCAGUGUGUGCCAUUGUUUGUACCAGGCAACUUGCCACUCUCUACUGAAUAAAGCUACCGUAAAAGAAAAAAAGGAAAACAAAAAAUCAGUGGUGAGCCAGCGCUUCCCCCAGAACAGCAUCGGGGCCGUGGGCAGUGCCAUGUUCCUGCGCUUCAUCAACCCCGCCAUCGUGUCCCCGUACGAGGCGGGCAUCCUGGACAAGAAACCCCCGCCCCGCAUCGAGCGCGGCCUCAAGCUCAUGUCCAAGAUCCUUCAGAGCAUUGCCAACCACGUGUUGUUUACAAAAGAGGAGCACAUGCGGCCUUUCAAUGACUUUGUGAAGAGCAAUUUUGAUGCAGCUCGAAGGUUUUUCCUGGACAUCGCGUCCGACUGCCCGGCCAGUGACACAGUGAACCACAGCCUGUCCUUCAUCAGUGAUGGCAACGUGCUGGCACUGCACCGCCUGCUCUGGAACAACCAGGAGAAAAUCGGCCAGUACCUGUCCAGCAACAGGGACCACAAGGCUGUUGGACGACGACCUUUUGACAAGAUGGCAACACUUCUUGCCUACCUGGGGCCUCCUGAGCACAAACCUGUGGCAGAUACACAUUGGUCCAGCCUAAAUCUCACUAGUUCCAAAUUUGAGGAGUUUAUGACAAGACAUCAGGUACAUGAAAAAGAGGAGUUCAAAGCCCUGAAAACAUUAAAUAUUUUCUACCAAGCUGGGACAUCCAAAGUUGGCAAUCCUGUUUUCUACUACAUCGCUCGGCGGUUCAAGACUGGUCAGAUCAACGGGGAUUUGCUGAUCUACCACGUGCUGCUGACCCUGAAGCCAUACUAUGCAAAGCCAUAUGAAAUCGUGGUGGACCUCACGCACGCUGGCCCCAGUAAUCGCUUUAAAACAGACUUUCUUUCUAAAUGGUUUGUAGUUUUUCCAGGCUUUGCUUAUGAAAAUGUCGCAGCAGUUUUUAUUUAUAACUGUAACUCUUGGGUCAGAGAAUACACCAAAUACCAUGAAAGGCUCUUGACAGGUUUGAAAGGGAGCAAAAGGCUUGUUUUCAUAGACUCUCCAGGGAAGCUGGCAGAGCACAUUGAACACGACCAGCAGAAACUCCCAGCAGCUACCUUGGCUUUGGAGGAAGACUUGAAAGUGUUUCACAAUGCUCUCAAACUGGCUCAUAAAGACACCAAAGUUUCUAUUAAAGUUGGCUCGACAGCGGUGCAGGUGACAUCGGCAGAGCGCACGCGGGUGCUGGGCCAGACCGUGUUCCUCAAUGACAUCUACUACGCCUCUGAGAUCGAGGAGAUCUGCCUGGUGGAUGAGAACCAGUUCACCCUGACCAUUGCCAACCAGGGCACCCCGCUCACCUUCAUGCACCAGGAGUGUGAAGCCAUCGUCAGGUCCAUCAUCCACAUCCGCACGCGCUGGGAGCUGUCCCAGCCCGACUCCAUCCCCCAGCACACCAAGAUCCGGCCCAAGGACGUGCCUGGGACUCUGCUCAACAUCGCCCUGCUCAACCUGGGCAGCUCAGACCCCAGCCUGAGGUCUGCUGCCUAUAAUCUUCUAUGUGCCUUAACCUGUACCUUUAAUUUAAAGAUUGAGGGUCAGUUACUGGAGACUUCAGGUCUGUGCAUUCCUGCCAACAACACACUAUUUAUUGUAUCUAUCAGUAAGACUCUUGCAGCAAAUGAGCCACACCUCACCUUGGAGUUCUUGGAGGAGUGUAUUUCAGGAUUUAGCAAAUCCAGCAUUGAGCUGAAGCACCUGUGCCUGGAGUACAUGACCCCCUGGCUGUCCAACCUGGUGCGUUUCUGCAAGCACAACGACGACGCCAAGCGCCAGCGCGUCACUGCCAUCCUGGACAAGCUCAUCACCAUGACCAUCAACGAGAAGCAGAUGUACCCUUCCAUUCAGGCCAAGAUCUGGGGCAGCCUGGGACAGAUAACAGAUCUCCUGGAUGUAGUGCUGGACAGUUUCAUCAAAACCAGUGCCACGGGGGGCUUGGGCUCCAUCAAAGCUGAGGUGAUGGCAGACACAGCUGUAGCACUGGCUUCUGGCAAUGUCAAACUGGUGUCAAGCAAAGUGAUUGGGAGGAUGUGCAAAAUCAUUGACAAGACCUGUCUGUCCCCCACGCCCACGCUGGAGCAGCACCUGAUGUGGGAUGACAUUGCCAUUCUGGCUCGGUACAUGCUCAUGCUCUCCUUCAACAACUCCCUGGACGUGGCAGCACAUCUCCCCUACCUCUUCCACGUGGUGACUCUGCUGGUGGCCACAGGGCCCCUUUCCCUCAGAGCUUCCACUCAUGGGCUCGUCAUCAACAUCAUUCACUCUCUUUGCACAUGUUCACAGCUUCACUUCAGUGAGGAGACCAAGCAAGUUUUAAGGCUGAGCUUGACAGAGUUCUCCCUCCCCAAGUUUUAUUUGCUGUUUGGGAUCAGCAAAGUGAAGUCUGCGGCGGUGAUCGCGUUCCGCUCCAGCUACCGCGACCGCUCCUUCUCGCCCGGCUCCUACGAGCGAGAGACCUUCGCCCUGACCUCGCUGGAGACAGUCACUGAGGCCCUGCUGGAGAUCAUGGAGGCUUGUAUGAGGGACAUUCCAACGUGCAAGUGGCUGGACCAGUGGACUGAACUAGCUCAGAAGUUUGCAUUCCAGUACAACCCCUCCCUGCAGCCAAGAGCACUGGUUGUCUUCGGCUGUAUAAGCAAACGAGUGUCUCAUGGACAAAUAAAACAAAUAAUCCGAAUUCUCAGCAAGGGACUUGAGAGCUGUUUAAAAGGCCCUGAUAAUUAUAAUAGCCAAGUUUUAAUAGAAGCCACAGUUAUAGCCCUCACCAAGCUGCAGCCUCUUCUUAACAAGGACUCCCCUAUGCACAAGGCUCUGUUCUGGGUGGCCAUGGCCGUGCUGCAGCUGGAUGAGGUGAACCUGUACUCGGCAGGGACAGCCCUGCUGGAGCAGAACCUGCACACCCUGGACAGCCUGCGUGUGUUCAAUGACAAGAGCCCAGAAGAAGUGUUCAUGGAGAUCAGGAGACCACUUGAAUGGCACUGCAAACAGAUGGAUCAUUUCGUUGGGCUAAAUUUCAACUCCAACUUCAACUUUGCACUAGUGGGACAUCUCCUGAAAGGGUACAGGCAUCCUUCCCCUACCACUGUAGCAAGAACAGUGAGGAUUUUGCACACACUCCUUGCUCUGGUUAACAAACACAGGAACUGUGACAAGUUUGAGGUGAACACUCAGAGCGUGGCUUACCUGGCAGCCCUGCUGACGGUGUCCGAGGAGGUGCGGAGCCGCUGCAGCCUCAAGCACAGGAAGUCUCUCCUGCUGACAGACGUCUCAGUGGAAAAUGUUCCCAUGGAUACAUACCCCAUCCAUCACAGUGACACUAGCUAUAGGACACUAAAGGAACACCAGCCCUGGUCAUCCCCCAAGGGGUCAGACAGACACCUGGCUGCCAGUUACCCAACAGUGGGACAGAUCAGCCCUCGCACCCGGAAAUCCAUGAGCUUGGACAUGGGGCAGCCUUCACAAGCCAACACUAAAAAGCUUCUAGGUACAAGGAAAAGUUUUGACCAUUUGAUAUCGGACACAAAGGCUCCUAAAAGGCAAGACAUGGAAUCUGGAAUCACAACGCCUCCCAAAAUGAGGAGAGUAGCCGAAAAUGAUUAUGAAAUGGAAACCCAGAGAAUAUCACCACAGCAGCACCCACACCUCCGGAAGGUUUCCGUUUCCGAGUCAAACGUCCUCCUGGAUGAAGAAGUUCUGACUGACCCAAAAAUUCAAGCACUGCUGCUUACAGUUCUUGCCACGCUGGUGAAGUACACCACGGAUGAGUUUGACCAGCGCAUCCUCUACGAGUAUCUAGCAGAAGCAAGCGUUGUCUUCCCAAAGGUCUUUCCUGUUGUGCAUAAUUUAUUGGAUUCCAAGAUCAAUACCCUUUUAUCGCUGUGCCAGGAUCCAAACUUGUUGAAUCCAAUUCAUGGGAUUGUGCAGAGUGUUGUCUACCAUGAGGAGUCUCCACCCCAAUACCAAACAUCCUAUCUACAGAGUUUUGGAUUUAAUGGGCUGUGGAGGUUUGCUGGCCCCUUCUCCAAGCAAACCCAAAUCCCAGACUAUGCUGAGCUCAUAGUGAAGUUCCUUGAUGCCUUGAUUGACACGUAUUUGCCUGGAAUUGAUGAGGAAACCAGUGAAGAAUCUCUCCUGACCCCCACCUCUCCAUAUCCUCCAGCGGUGCAGAGCCAGCUCAGCAUCACUGCAAACCUCAACCUCUCCAACUCCAUGACCUCACUUGCCACUUCCCAGCACUCCCCAGCUUUUCUGCCUUGCUCUAAGUCUGCAGUUUUCAUGCAGCUGCCUCAUCCAGGGAUCGACAAGGAGAACGUGGAGCUCUCGCCCAGCGCCGGCCACGCCAACAGCGGCAGGAUGCGCCACGGCUCCGCCAGCCAAGUGCAGAAGCAGCGAAGCGCCGGCAGCUUCAAGCGUCACAGCAUCAAGAAGAUCGUGUGAUUGUCGCUUUUUAAUUUUAUUUUUUAUUUUUGGACCCGACUGACACGCGCGGCCCCUCGCGAAGGGCCCUCCACCGGGUGUGAUGCUGCACUUGAUCUGUACAGUUGCCAUCCCGUCAGCCGCGUUGCCAGACGAACAACUCCUGCCCCACUGCCUGAGUCAUUCCGUGCUCGGUUCCAGCCGCUCUUCAGAACCACGCGUGUGCCCCGGGGGAGGGUGGAGUUCUGGAGCGCUGCAGAGCCGCUCUUGUUCCGGUCCAAAGCCAUUUCCCAGCCCCUGGCCUCAGGUGUUCCUGCUAAGGGAAGUGUUGAUCCUGAACCCUCUUUGCACGCCUCGAGGUAGUAGUGGCUUCCUGAGCCAGGGAAGUUUCUCUAACCCUGGUUUUAAUCCAAACCUGUAAGAUUUUAGCUGUGUACUUUUUUUUUACCACACUGAGAAGUCCAUGAUAGCUGCAGUACGAGGAGCUUAACAGCAGUAGUGGAUUAGGUUAAAUUUCAGGUAAUUAGCAAUAAAGGAGGGAGGAGAAGGAGGCUGCAGGAGUCCCUCAUUCCCCAAACCAAGCUUCACAAACUUGGACUCUACGUGGACCAGACUGGACAAACUAGCUUUUUUCCCAAAACGUUUUUUUCUUUUUUUUUUUUCUUUUUUUUUUUCCUUUUUUUUUUUUUUUUUUUUGCUGUACUUUAUCUGCCCUGAGGAAGUUGUACAGGGAAAAAUCCCUGGGAACUGACCCUCGGGCUGUCAUUGUAGCACCUGCUUUAGUCCUGCCCUUCCCAACAAUGUGCACCUUCGAGAGCUCCUGGCAGAAUAUCCAGUGGGGAAUGGAGGGAAGAUGGGAUGGAUUCACUGCCGGCUCUGGGGGAUAGCGUGUGGCAGAGCUGCCCCUGUGCUGCCCGGGCAGGGGCGGAGAGAGCCACGUGUGCUCAAGGUACAUGAAUUUCGAUGAACUGACACUGUGUGCAAUGGCAGGGGGCUGGCGGCGUCACCUCCCGGGGUGGGGCCGGGGCUCCUGCGGGGUUUCACACACCUGGGGCUGCGGCUGGGGACGGGCACGGGCUGCUGUGCUGGCAGGGAGGAGCCAGAGCCGGGGCCGGUGCUGGCCCUGCUCCGGGUGCCACGGCCCCGCGGGCUGGAGUUCAGGCAGGGGCUGUGUCCCUGGGGGCUCACACAGCUCCUGCUCAGAAACAGAUCUGUUUCCCAGUUUCAGAUCUCUCUGCUGUGGUAGGAAUUAACAAUCCUUCAGUGGCUUUAAAGGAAAAAAGGAAAUAUAUCCAUGUAAAAGCCAGUCCUCCAGUGCAAUCGUUAGUGGCUUUCACUAAAUCAAACUCCACAGCUAAAUUAUUAGAGAAUGGUACAAUUAAGGGUUCCAGUUUAUUGCUAUAGCACAUAAUUCCCAUGUAUCCACACAGUAACAAUGUAACAUUUAUGUAAAUAAAAAUACCUUUAUUGUAUUGAUUCAUAAAAUAACAAUUUCUUUAAUUUGUUUACAGUCCUGGAAAAACUAUGAACACAAACUUCAUAUGCAAAUAGUUUGCCAAAACAAGAGGAAAACUUAGAAUUAGCAGUGAUGCAAUCAACAGGCUAGAAAGGUGAACUGGUGCAAUGAAACAAAUCCCCUCACUCCGGUGGUGCAGGCACCAGGGCAGGAACGUGGUCACUGGUGACACAGAGUGGGGUCUAAGCAGGGCCGUGAGGCUGAGCUGGGCUCAGGGACAGAGCAGGGGCUCCAGCUUUGGGUUUGGGGUCCCCAGUGUUGGAAACCAUUGUCAUCCCACAACUCGGAUUGUGAGGAGCGCCCCCGGUGUCACUGGGGCUUGCUCUGGGUUGUUCCCAGUUGAGCUGGUUCCAGCCCUUCCCCUUUUGCUGAGGACAAGGAAUUGUAGAAGCCUGAGGAUUUGUAUGUAGGAGGAAAACAAGAAUCUCGUGUCAAGGUGGUGUGCUGUUUUCAGUUGUUUCUCGUAUGAGCAGGUCUCCUGCAAACAGGAACAGUAAUUGCAGAGAACUGAUUUUGUCUGGGCAGAGAGCAAGCCCUUCCCUGUUCUGCAUCAUCCAUGUCAGCAGUGUCCAUCCAUCAGAACUGCUGCGUUUCCCUGCAGCACAGAGAUGUGGGAGCAGAAGGGACAGGGAUGAAAGUCACCUUCCCUGUGAAAACUACUCCAGGCUCUCAGUCCCAGCUGAAAAAACGGGUCUCUUCAUCAAGUCAGUGAACAAAACUGCACUUCCUCUUUCCUGGAAGGAGGGAGUCGCUCGGAGUUCUCCCUGUAUGAGAGGUUCAUUGAGAAAGCCUGGACUCUGUCAGAGCAGAGGCAUCAGACACCCGUGUCAGGUAAUGGGUGAAUCGGGGUGAAAGGAGUGCUGAUGGCCAAGGUUUAAUUUGGGAUCGUGUGUGCCCCGAUAGACAGGACCGUUGUCUCCUAGUACUGGUGCUUGGGAAGCUUGUGCUUGGCUCCCAGGGAACCACGGCCUUUGUGUAACAAUUAACCUCCCAUCAGUAAUUAGUUGUUGGGUGCCUUACUGUCACUGCAUCACUCUCCCGCUCCCUCCCGCAGCCGCUGCUGGGAUUUGCCUCUUUUUCUUUCUCACAUGCUCCUUCCUUUGUUCUUUCCCUGUUUCAGCACUCUCCAUCCCAUUCCAACCCUGGGAGCUCUGCUCCCAUCCCGGGCUGCUCCAUCCUUUCUCUUCCUGCUGUUGUCUGGUGACCAGCAGGUUGUUGCUGGUGACAGUGUGGGUGUGAGCCUGACCUGACACGUGGGAGCCCCAUCCCAGGGUCCCCAGUGCCACCGCGCUCCGGGCAACCCGCGGGCCACUGGCAGUGGCUGCUCCAGGCUCUGCUGCCCCAGGCUCUGCUGCCCCAGGCUCUGCUGCAGGGCUGGAGCUGCAGCCCCAGAGUCCCUGUGCUCUGACACGGGAACCGAAAAUGUCGAGAAACCCGAUUGGAACACGCGGACCAUGUAGUGCCCUCCCGGGGAGCGUGUGUGACCCCCGGCUCAGAGCCCGUUCCCUGCCCCGCACUGACCACAGCUCAGUACUGUAAAGACAAUUAACGUUCUGUUUGUGUUUGUAUUUUCCCUGACUUAAAGAUAACUCGGUAGUAUUUGAGUAGUGCAUAACCUACCUGUAAUGAUGCCGAUGUUUCUGCUUUACCGUGCAUGAGGUUUCCCAGGACAGGGAACAUUUCCCUGAGUCUCGUGGGCUGAGCCCCUGGUGCGUGCCAGGGCUGCCUCUGACCCGGGUUGUAGGAUUUAGGGCUUUUUCUGUUUCAUUCUAAGGUUAAUUUUUUCCCAAGUCACAAAGCACGUCUUAUUGUUAUGCAACAAACCACAGACAGUCACUCAGAGUGUUGGUCCCACUUUUUUUUUUUAUGCAGUAUAUUCACCUGUAAAUAGUUUUUGUGUAAAAUUUGACAGAAAAGUAUAUUUACUACACUGUAAAUACAUGUGACAAUAUAUUGUAUUAUUUUGCUUUUUUUGUAAAGCAGUUAGUUGCUGUAUAUGUAUAACAUACAAAUUUGAUUAUUCUAGUGUUAGUAACUGUUAACUCUCCUCCUCCCUCCUGCUGGUGCAUUCUAUCACUUAAAGCAGAAGCUGUGUCUGACACACUCACCCUGUAUGAUCUCACUGCUUCCAUCCGGCCUCGGCUUCCCAAGGGUUCCGUGAGCCCGGCCCCGGCCGUGCUGUCAAACCCAGGCUGGGAGCCUGGAGAGCCACUGGUCCCAGCACCUGUGGGAGCUGUGGGUCACAGUGGUGGAAACCUGGUUUCAGAUAAUUAUUGUUCACCCCAUUCUCCCCUCAUGUAUGUACUUCCCCCCCCCCCUUUUUUUUUUUUUGAAGUAAAAUGUAAAUUCAACCUGC